AGCAAACUAUACAGAAUGGAGCUCCAGGUUCAGAACGAACGUGAGCGAGAGAAGAUGUCGUACAGCAAGCUGGAUGCCGACGAGGGGGAGAUGGACCCGGUGAACGACAUGACGGAGAAGAUGUCAUAUGCCAAGCUGGAGGAUGGUGGAGAAGAAGGAGGCAAGGGCGACGGCGGGAAGAACGGCCAGCCCCUGAGGGCUAAGAGCUUUGAUGGCUUUGAGGAUCCCAGCCAGCCCCUGCUGCUCUCGGGCAACAAUACUUCAGUCAACUAUGAGCUUGACUUUGUGGAGACGGAGUGGGGAAACAUCUUAGUUGCAAUCCAAGGAGAUCGUACCAAGCCUGCUAUUCUGACCUAUCAUGACCUUGGUUUGAACCAUGUAUCGUGUUUCCAAGGUUUCUUCAACUUUCCUGACAUGCAGCCCAUCCUGAAGCACUUCUGUGUCUAUCAUAUCAAUGCACCAGGGCAAGAACAGGGGGCAGCACAGCUACCAGAGAACUUUGAGUACCCAGACAUGGAUCACUUAGCAGAGACUCUUAUCAGUGUACUUAAUCACUUCAGACUUAAGAAAUUCAUUGGCUUUGGAGUGGGAUCUGGUGCAAAUAUCUUGACAAGGUUUGAGCUUGCUCACCCAGAGUACAUAGAGGCUCUCAUACUGGUCAACUGCGUAUCAACACAGUCAACAUGGACAGAGUGGAUGCAACAAAAGCUGUCAGCAUACUACCUAAGAAAGAAUGGCAUGACAAACUACACACAAGAAUACCUUCUGUGGCACUACUUUGGCAAGAGUACAAUGGAAACACAUCAUGAGCUGGUGGCACUCUUCAGGGAGAAUCUUGCUAAGAAUGUGAACGCUUUCAAUCUCUCACUAUUUGUCAACUCAUACAUCAGACGAACAGACCUGAACAUCCGACGUGAGCUGGAUCCGUUCAAACAGAAGAAUCUUCGCGGCGUGAAGGCUCACAGUAUGCUCAUCGUAGGUGCAAAUUCACCUCAUGUCAACGAUUCGGUGGAGAUGAACGCCCGUAUGGACCCAGCACGCAGCCAGUGGAUGAAGAUGUCAGACUGUGGCGGUAUGAUCUUAGAAGAGCAACCUGCCAAGCUAGCCGAGGCCAUCAGGCUCUUCCUGCAAGGCCAGGGAUACGUUGAUCUGUUAAAGGUGCGACUCAACCGCCCAGCACGGUCUAUGGAACCCCCAGCACCCACAAGCAAGACAGGCGCCCCCGAACCAGUGAUGGUGUAACAGUGGUCGUCUAAAAGCAGGGUCCAUUCGACACAUCGGGUAACGAAAGAUGCGGACAGUUGUAUCAAGAUUGACUCAUCGUGUACUUUUAAUCAUAUUACGAUUGUUUUCUGUUAAACCAGAAACUUUGUGGCAUGAAACCUUUGCGAAUGGUUAAGAAUGGCUAUUUUUACAGCAAGAAACUUAUGCGAAUUACAGAAUUUUAGCUUUACAUCGAUUGUGAUUCAGUUAUUUCACGGCCUGAAACUUUUGCAAAUCUGAACUGCUCAUGAAAUCUGCCCACAUUUUAAGGAUGCAAAUGUUUCUGAUUUUACAUUAACAUGAUUCAAGAGUCUAUUGGUGGAACUCUAUUAUUUUACAGCAAGCCCUGGAUACCAGUGACUCUACAUAUGGUUUCUGUCACAGUGGGUUGAUGCCCCUUUAGCUCUCAUCCAUUGAUAAAUCAUUUAUUUGGAGGCAGAAGGGCAUUAAAUCCUAUACUGUAUUAAACACAGGGUUAACGUUCUUCUGGCUCUGAACACACAAUAUCAUGCCUGGUCUCAUUGGUUACUGGGUAUUUCCAGUAGAAUGUGCGUAUUACAGAUACAGUGUAAAGAACCCUCUAUUUUAUUUUGCCAAAGGAUAUAUGCCACAGGGCUUUUGGUAAGAAUAUGAAAAUGUGUAUAUGUACUUUGCAAACUGCUGUGAGGCAAAUUCUUCAACAAUGCUUAGAUUGAAAGUUAAUUGUUGAAUACUUUAAUGAUUUAGGUAAUAGGUAUCAUAUAAUAAUUGUUAUCAAUUUGACAGAGUGGAUUUAUCUAGGGUAAUGGCAUUAUGCAUGAUUAAACAUGAUUAAACAUGAUUGGAAAUGGACAAAUAUAAUUUUACAGUGCAAAUAAAUAAUUACCUCAGUGAAAGCAUUUUACAUACAUUAGUGAUAAAAUGAAGAAAAGACAAUCUAAGUUAAUAGUAUUUAUACCUAGGCUAUAAUGCAUAUUUACUAAACCUAAAACGACCUUUAACAUCAAGCUUCUAAAAAUAGUAAGUAGCCUGAAACAUUUUUCUCAUAGUUCUCGUCAGUUAGGUAAAGUAAAAUUAGAACCCAUUCAAGGAUUAAUUAGGGUAAAGCAGGCUAAUUUUCUAAACCAGUAUUCAGAGUGAAACUAAUGUGUUAACCCACAUAGUGCCCUCUUAAUAUCAUUGUCUUUCCUUUUUAUUCCUUUUUCUUUUUCAUCUUAUUAUCUUUCUGAAUGUCUACACAAUUCAGCCAUGAAAUAAAUUGUAAAUUUGAUAAAUUUAAUACCUGUAAUGUAAAAUUCAAUCAUUGUCAAACACAUUUAAUCAUUGCAGCUCUCAUUCUAUUCUGUGAAUUUGAACAUUUAUACUAUAAGUUGUCUGACAUGUUUCAGAAGUGGAAGUUGUUUGUGUAAAUUAAAAACAAUCUUUUCUCCUUCUACUUGUUGUAUGUACCAAAUACAUGUAGUUAUGUAAUGUUUGUAUGAAGUUUGUGUUUUGUAAAAUUAAUGGAAAUGAAACUUAGCAUUGUUUUUUUUCUUCAAAACCUUAUGAUCUAUUGUGCUGUUCAAAUAAAUAGAAGUGUAUUUGUUGACAUGUUUUUGUGUUUGUGCGUUUAGGGUGCACUGGAAAGGUUUACAAAAAAUUAAAUAUAUGCGAGUCACAGGGGAGUGUGAAAGAAUUCAUGUUUACCGGAAUGUAGUUUAGCAAAUGAAAGAAGCAGAAUUUGAAACCAAAGCUGAUAUGAUAUGUGAUCUCUGCUCAAGUUUUGUUG